UAUAAAAAUUGACGUUUCUUCACUGAAAGCUGCCGAUUAUUUUACAAUCAUAAACAAAAAUUUACCGCAAAAACUUAUUGAUAUAAUUCUCAAUAUAAGAAAUGUCAGCGGGAUCAGUAGACUUAAGCUCAUAUCGCGAUCAACAUUUUAAAGGCUCACGGUCUGAUCAAGAGCGUUCACUCCGUGAAUCGUGUACAUUGUAUGUGGGGAAUUUGUCAUUUUACACAACCGAAGAACAAAUUCACGAAUUAUUUUCCCGUUGCGGUGAAGUGAGACGUAUAGUGAUGGGUUUAGAUAAAUACAAAAAAACACCUUGCGGAUUCUGUUUUGUAGAAUAUUAUGUACGUACAGACGCAGAAAUGGCCAUGCGAUACGUAAACGGAACACGACUAGAUGAUCGCUUAAUACGAGUUGAUUGGGAUGCAGGCUUUAUUGAGGGGCGUCAGUAUGGUCGCGGCAAAACUGGUGGACAAGUGCGAGAUGAAUACCGAACAGACUAUGAUGCCGGACGAGGAGGUUAUGGCAAAUUGUUGCAGCAAAAAAUUGCACCAAACACCGACAAUCGUUAAUUUUGUGGUAUUUUACCUUUAACUUUAGGAUUUAUACGUAAUAUACAAUAUAAACAAAAAAUUUUA